AUGUCGGAAGUCCAUGCGGUUGAUCAGGAGCCGGUGGCUAUUCACGACCAGCAGGAAGAGCGAGCGGACGAGGGAGCGAACGAACCGGUUCUGUUCGCUGAACCAACGGAGGAGGGGGUCGAGUUUGACUGGCCUGUUGGGGACAGGGACCGUGGACCGACGUUCCGGGAGAUGCUCGAGUCGCUCAAUGACCCUAUCCCGACCUACGACGAGCUCGAGGACUUCGGCUUGUUCGACCACACGCAUUGCUCAAGGCUGCUCGCCGAUUACCGCCUGAAGAACCCCUCGCCUGCACCCACAUCUCCUCUCCCUCAAAUCGCCUUCUCGCCAGCAUGCGACUCGGCUGUCUCCUCCCGCCAAAUCGGCCGCGCCUACACGCCUCGACACCGUCACUCGCUCUCUGUCCUCCCCGUCCCACAACCUCAGAGCGGCCCACCUCUCGCCAGUCCCUCGAUCGCACCGCGCCUCAACCCCCCCAAGCUCGUCCGCAAAGCUACAGCCCGCCCUCGUCCCUCUCACCGCGCCAAAAGCGCAAGCGAAGUUCCUCUCGCCGAGAACGUGACUUCCAUGCCUCCGCGCCCUUCGUUCGACAGCUCGAGCGAAUGGAGGCAUUCGGUCUCGCUCUCGAGGAACGAGACGGUCAAGGAGAACCGUGGGGUGCGCAAGCUGAGGAAACAGGCGCCGCCGAGGAUCACGGUGCGCACGGACGACGACUACCUCCUCAGGCCGUUCAACGACCCACCUCAUCCCGACUUGCUCGACUUUGCGGACGAGGCGAAGGGCCCGUCCAGCCUGCAGCCUGCGACGAUUCUGGUGCGACCCAGUACGCCACGCCGCUCGAGUGGACGUUCUUCGGUCGCGUCGUUCGUGACUUCCCCGCUCGCCUACGAGCCCAACGAGGCAGAAGCCAUGUCUCCCCCUCCUCGCCCUUCUUCUCCCGUCAGCUCCUUCCCCUCUUCCGCCCGUCGCGCGACGCUCCCACCCGUCGAGACCAAGAAGCGCGGCUCGACCAUCUCGUCAGCCGACAGCUCCUACUACGCCGACAACGAGCGCGCGCGCAUGUCCCCCCGCGCGCCACGGACAGGACGAUGGAGUAUGGCUGCGCCUCCCUCGCCGAGCGGAUCGACCUCGUCGAACGGGAUGUGGAGUAAGGCGAUCAAGCUUGGCAGAGGCAAGCGAGGGAGCGAAUCGCGCGCUUCGAGCGUGACGAGUCUCGACUCGCCUGUCGGGUGGGAGAUGCUGGAUUAUGGACAGGCUGGAGAGGCGCGGAGCUUUGAGGUACUUGGACGACCACUCUCGAGGCCGCAAGUCGAGCGGGCGCAGUCGGCGGACAUCUUCCCAUCUGUCGCACGGGUCGUCUCGCCUGCGCUCACCGAUUCGAGCCUCAGCUCGUCGCCUCCGACGCCCAACCUCGACAGGAUUGUCGAGCAGCCAGAGACGCCCGACAAGCGACGCUCGCUUGUCUCGAAGCGAUCCUCUCGCCAACUCGCCAAGGCCAUCUCGCACGACUCGCUGCCUCCUUCGAGCGGAACGACCACGCCCGCAAUCUUUUCCGCCGCAUCGAGCAUCACAGCGGGAGAGCGAGACUCGCCUGUCCGGCCACCGCUCUCCCGCUCCCGCCGCUCAUCCAACCUCGUCCUCGCAUCCACUCACUCCGCCUCCGCUCCGCCCACUCCAGCAAUCGACGAAUCUCGCCCAAUCGUACCCUGCUACUCGGCUAACUCGCUCGCCGAGAGCGAGUCUUGGAUGUCGUCCAUGUCGUCCCAAUCGCGCGACUCGCUCUUCUACUCGGGCGACGAGACGCCUGCUUCGUCAUCCGCCGAAGUCGACGAGGAUGCCGUCGGUGCGCAUACGGACGAUUUGAGCGUCCUCGCGCGCGUCGAGAAGGCGCAUGUCGUUGUCGACCCGUCCGCGAGCGAUGUCCUCGCAUCCGCCGUCCUCGCGCCCUCGCUCACCUAG